AAGUCUGCACUACAUUUAGGGGACGAGGUUUGAUUUGAGACACGCGCACAAUGUGCGUCAUUGCUUCCGGUUCCGUGCUUUGAUGAGGAGGGAGUGAGCUUCGGCGCUCGCGGAGGAUUUUCUUCUCAUAAACUGUUUGAAGUAAAAGCAUAAGGAAGUGUUUGUGAUGACGGGACGGAGUCUACAGUGGGGAGGCGUUGCUUCCGCUCGUGCUAAUCGGUGAGGUCGGAGAGAGAGAGAGAGAGAGACAGAGAGAGAGAGAGAGAGAGAGAGAGAGAGAGAUGCCCCGGGGGGUGAAUUGACGCCUUGUGACGUUUUAAACGGUGUGACGUCAUUUUAAUUUAAAGCCAGUCCCGUGGCUCGAGCUCUGCAGACGCUGUCGAUUUGAUCUGUGCCCGGGUUUGUGCUUUCGAGGGGAAAAAAUGGACGUGGAUGAGGUCGCGUGGAUCCCGGUGCUGCUGUGGACGUGUCUGGCGGUUCUGGUCUCGGUGUUGAUUGCGAUGCAUUGCGGCGCGCGGCGCUCGGAGCGCGCGGUGCGUCUCAGGGACCUGUCGCGCGCCAGCCGGCACAGCUGGCGCUACACGGACCUGUUCGGCAAACCGACAUACUGCUGCGCGUGCGAGCUGCCCGUGCUGCACGGCGCCUUCUGCGGCUGCUGCGGCGUGUGCGCGCACGAGAAGUGCGCGCGCGGUGCCGAGCGCGCGCUGGCCUGCAAGGAGGUCUCCGCACCGGCGCGCGCCGACGGCGCCUUCGACCACCGCUGGGUGCGCGGCAACGUGCCGCUCGCGAGCUACUGCGCUGUGUGCGCGCAGCAGUGCGGCACGCAGCCCAAACUCUGCGACUACAGGUGUGUGUGGUGCCAGAAGACGGUUCAUGAUGAUUGCAAGUUGUCUCUCGACGAAGACGAGUGCUGCGAUUUGGGCGAGUUCCAUUCCAUCAUCAUUUCUCCAGUGUACCUGUACCAGCUGAACAAACUGAAGCGUAGAAACCCGGACGAGUACUGCAAGCUUGCAGAAGUGUAUGGAAGUGGGUGGAGCCCCCUGCUGGUGCUUGCUAACACACGUAGUGGAAACAACAUGGGUGAAGCACUGCUUGGAGAGUUUCGAACCCUUCUCAACCCAGUGCAGGUGUUUGAUCUGUCUGAAAUUGCUCCUGCCAAAGCUCUGCAGUUAUGCACUCUGCUGCCCCCUGGCUGUGUGCGUGUGCUGGUGUGUGGAGGAGAUGGAACAGUCGGCUGGGUCCUGGAUGCCAUCGAUGUCAUGAAACAGAAGGGUCAGGAUCUGUUCAUCCCCCGUGUGACCAUCCUUCCUCUCGGGACAGGGAAUGACCUGUCCAACUCUCUGGGCUGGGGUUCGAAUUACGCUGGUGAGAUCACGAUCGAGCAGGUGAUCAGGAACAUCUUGGAGGCUGAAGUGGUGAAGAUGGACAGAUGGAAAGUUAAUGUCGUCUCCAAAGGAAACUACUUCCGUAAGCCAAAGGUUUUGUCCAUGAAUAAUUAUUUCUCCGUGGGUCCGGAUGCUCUGAUGGCCUUGAACUUCCACACACACCGCGAAAAGACGCCGUCCUUCUUCUCCAGUCGCAUCAUCAACAAGGCAGUGUAUUUUCUCUACGGAACCAAAGACUGUCUGGUGCAGGAGUGUAAAGACUUGGACAAAAUGAUUGAGUUGGAGCUGGAUGGAGAGCGUGUGCCCUUGCCCAGUCUGGAAGGCAUCAUUGUAUGUAACAUCGGGUACUGGGGCGGAGGCUGCCGACUGUGGGACGGGAUGGGAGACGAGCCAUGUCCUCCAACACGGCUGGAUGAUGGGCUGUUGGAGGUGGUCGGGGUGUUUGGAUCGUUCCAUUGCGCUCAGAUUCAGGUCAAACUCGCCAACCCUGUCCGACUGGGCCAAGCACACACAGUGAGGCUGGUCCUGAAGAGCUCAUGCAUGCCGAUGCAGGUUGACGGAGAGCCGUGGGCUCAGGGCCCGUGUACAAUCACCAUCACACAUAAAACUCAAGCGCUCAUGCUGUACCACAGCGGCGAGCAGACAGACGAUGACGAUGAAGAAGAGUCCAGCGCCUCAGACGCUGAAGGAACAUCAGGAAAGGGAGCUCACACUGCGAGCUCAGACCCUCACUGAGCCAUCGGCUGCGUCCCAAACGCAGCGCUGGUGGUUUGUCCUGGACGUUAACCGAAAGUUCUUUACAGACCUGCGGACCGAUGUGCAAUUUUAAUAGCAGAGUUCACUAGCGUACUUCUACUGCAUGCUAGUUUUUAGGUUAGCCCGUUAACCUAAAUGCUAGUUUGUCAGUAACAUGAUGAAUUUUAAGCUAACCUGUUGAUAAAUAUGCUAAUUUUAGCAUACUAGCCUGUUUACUAGCAAGCUAGUUUGUUGGUAACACAAUGACUCUUAGGUUGGCUCGUUUAUUUAAACGUUAGCUUGUUAGCCACAGGCACAUUUUUUUAGAUUAGCUUGUUUUAAUAACACCCUAGUGUGUUUAUUAUAUGCUAAUUAUUAAACUAGCCUGUUUUAUUAGCAUGCUAUUGUGAAACAGAAGCUGCUUGUAUGCAGAGUUUGUGUUAUUUCCUGUCCUCGGUCGGCAGGUCUGCGCCGAACGCCGCUACGAUCCCACGCGUGUUAGCGAUGAUCACAUGCUCUGAUUUAAAUCUCGCUGAGGGAGGGUUUUUGUUUUCAGCUUUGCGAGCCGUUUUUGUGCACUAAGAGCGUGACACUUCGCUGCAGAGACGUCGCUCAUCACACGUUUAUUUGAUAUUUUAUAUACGCAGUCUUACUGGUGUCAUGAGACCGUCUUUUUUUACUUCUCCUUUUUUUUUGGUCCUUAGACUUAUUUCUUGUUUUGUUUACAAUCUGAUGAAUGUAGAGGAUUUUUUUAUGUCGCAAUAAAUCCGUUAUAUAUUUUGUGAUGUUUACUCCAGCAUCCAAAUAGUUUGUUAAAAACACAUAAAUUAUGAAUGAAUAUUAAUGAACUGUUUACGGUUGUUUUUGAAUAAUUAAUUAUUAUUAAUGAAUGAACUUUCACUCCUGUGAUAGUGAGGUUCAUGUCUUGCGGUUGCUGCGGUAACGGUGGUCUCCUGGGUUUAUUAUUAUAAAGCUGUGAAGUCACAGGACCAAAAAAAAGUUAUGCUUAUACUGUUAUUGUUUUUUUUAUUGUAUGUUUUAAAACACUGUCCUGCCCUGAUAUAGUCGCAUUUUUUCAUCUGGACUACUGUAUUAGUGGUGUGUACACAAGUUGUUGUUUUUUUUUUUUUUGUGAACACUUGCAGUAUUUUCUAGAGUAUUUUAUUUCCUCAAAAUAUUCAUCUAAUAUAAAUCCUUUAUAUUACACACCAAACAGUCAUUUUACUUUUUUUUAUUCUGUCAGAGAAGCAUGAACUGUUACCAUCUUUUAUUCUGCUUGUGGGCGUGGCCUAUUCAAUACACUGUAUACCUUUGAAACAAUGAAAAUUAUAAAUGUGAAAGUCUAUUCCGAGCUCCCUUUGCUAAAUUAAAUUAGAUUUGAUUAGCAUCAUGUAAGAGUGUGCACUCAUCACACACACCAAGGACACGGGUAAUCGUUUGUAUUUUAUUAUUAUUUUAUUUUUUUAUUUUAACUUAAUAAAAUAAUCUCGUCUUAAUAGAAUUGAGAAGAUUUCAGAUGAAAUGCCACGUUUUAGCCGUACGUUUUUUUUGUGUGUGUGUGUGUGUGUGUGUGUGUGUGUGUGUGUGUGUGUGUGUGAGAUAGCGUACACACGUUUCCAUUCAACACAUUUAUAUUUCAUAAAACUGUCUAAAUAACGGAAAGGUGAUAAAAGUGUAACACAAUAGUUUUAUUUUGGUAAAUAUCUAUUUUUGUGUAGUAUUAUCACUGAAACACUUUAGCACGAGAUGAUGUCAUUGAUUCUGAUCGAGUAUUAUGGGAUGUGUAGAGAUUUCAGAGUUUAGGAUCAGAUCGUUAUUUAUUCCACGUUUAUUUUAUAUUCAAUUGAACAGGAACUGACGAACCCUCAAAGAUUUCAGUGUUACUCUCCUGUACAUCAGUUUUAUUCCAUUCACGCUCAUGUAUUUAUUCUGGAGACAGGAAUCAGGUCGUCAUCUUGCCAAAGUUUUGUAUUGCUGUUGUUGUUGCAUUAAAAUGAAAUUUCAUGACGAAAGGAAUUCUGUGACCGAUGAAAUAAAGGAUGAAUAUCCGAGCGAACACGA